AUGCACCAGCCGCCUGAGUCCACCACCGCGGCGGCCGCGGCCGCUGCAGACAUUAGUGCUAGGAAGAUGGCGCACCCGGCAAUGUUCCCUAGAAGGGGCAGCGGUAGUGGCAGCGCCUCUGCUCUCAAUGCAGCAGGUACCGGCGUUGGUAGUAGUGCCACAUCUUCCGAGGAUUUUCCGCCUCCGUCGCUGCUCCAGCCGCCACCUCCUGCAGCAUCUUCUACGUCGGGACCACCGCCUCCGCCUCCACAAAGCCUGAACCUCCUGUCUCAGGCUCAGCUGCAGGCACAGCCUCUUGCGCCAGGCGGAACUCAAAUGAAAAAGAAAAGUGGCUUCCAGAUAACUAGCGUUACCCCGGCUCAGAUCUCCGCCAGCAUCAGCUCUAACAACAGUAUCGCAGAGGACACCGAGAGCUAUGAUGACCUGGAUGAGUCUCACACGGAAGAUCUGUCUUCUUCCGAGAUCCUUGAUGUGUCACUUUCCAGGGCUACUGACUUAGGGGAGCCUGAACGCAGCUCCUCAGAAGAGACUCUGAAUAACUUCCAGGAAGCUGAGACACCUGGGGCAGUCUCUCCCAACCAGCCCCACCUUCCGCAGCCUCAUUUGCCUCACCUUCCACAACAGAACGUUGUGAUCAAUGGGAAUGCUCAUCCACACCACCUCCAUCACCACCAUCACAUCCAUCAUGGGCACCACCUACACCAUGGGCACCACCAUCCAUCCCAUGCUGGUGUGGCCAGUACAUCCAUUCCUGGAGGGCCGCCCUCCAGUCCAGUAUCCAGAAAACUCUCUGCAGCUGGAAGCUCUGACAGUGUUCUAGCAGCGGCCCCAACUUCUGCUGUAUCAUCGGGUGGCUCACCUGCAUCUGUAAUGACUAAUAUCCGUGCUCCAAGUACUACUGGCAGUAUAGGUAUAAGUUCUGUUACUGGCACUAAUACAAUGAGUAAUGUCAACAUUACUGCUGUGGGUAGUUUUAAUCCUAGUGUGACAAGCAGCAUACUUGGUAAUGCUAAUAUAAAUGCAAGCAAUAUUCCUAGUGCUGCUACUGUGAGUGUUGGGCCUGGAGUUAGCAGCAGUGUUAAUGUGAAUAUCUUGAGUGGCAUGGGCAAUGGUACUAUAUCUUCCUCCGCUGUUGUUAACAGUGCCCCCAGUGCAGCUGCAGGGAUGUCUACGGGGUCCCUUUCGGGUCAGCAGCAGCCACCAACAGUUAACACGUCAAGGUUCAGAGUUGUGAAGUUAGAUUCUAGUUCUGAGCCCUUUAAAAAAGGCAGAUGGACUUGCACCGAGUUCUAUGAAAAAGAAAAUGCUGUACCUGCUGCAGAAGGUGUGGCGAUAAAUAAAGUGGUGGAAACUGUAAAACAGAACCCGACAGAAGUGACUUCGGAGAGGGAGAGCACUAGUGGGAGUUCAGUGAGCAGUAGUGUCAGCACACUGAGUCACUACACGGAGAGUGUGGGAAGCGGAGAGAUGGGAGCCCCUACUGUGGUGGUGCAGCAGCAGCAACCAGCUCUUCAAGGUAUGGCUCUUCCCCAGAUGGAUUUCAGUAGCACUGGUCCCCAGAGUAUUUCAGCAGUUAGCAUUCCACAGAGUAUUUCUCAGUCACAGAUCACGCAAGUACAAUUACAGUCUCAAGAACUGAGCUAUCCUCAAAAGCAAGGUCUUCAGCCAGUACCUCUACAGGCCACUAUCAGCGCUGCAACUGGUAUCCAGCCGUCACCUGUUAGUGUGGUUGGUGUAACUUCAGCUUUAGGUCAGCAGCCUUCCAUUUCCAGUCUGGCUCAACCCCAACUACCGUAUUCUCAGACGGUUCCUCCAGUGCAAGCUCCCCUUCCAGGAGCACCACCCCAACAGUUACAGUAUGGACAACAGCAGCCGACUGUCUCUACCCAGAUGGUCCCAGGCCAUGGUAAAUCUGUGGCUCAGAAUCCUUCAGAGUAUGUGCCGCAGCAGCCGAUUCUUCAAACAGCAGUGUCCUCCGGACAGCCCAGUUCUGCAGGAGUGGGAGCAGGAGCGACAGUGAUUCCUACGGCUCAGCCACAGAGUAUCCAGCUGCCAGUGCAGCCCUCAGCAAUCCAAGCACAACCUGCAGGGGCAUCUGGCCAGCCUGUUGGCCAGGCUCAAACAGCAGUAUCUGUUGUACCUACUGGCAGUCAAAUUGCAAAUAUCGGUCAACAAGCAAACAUACCUACUGCAGUGCAGCAGCCCUCUACCCAAGUCACACCUUCGGUUAUUCAGCAAGGUGCUCCUCCAUCUUCACAAAUAGUUCCACCUGCUCAAACUGCGAUUAUUCAUCAGGGAGUUCAAACUAGUGCGUCAAGCCUUCCUCAACAAUUGGUCAUUGCACCCCAGAGUACCUUGUUAACUGUGCCUCCCCAGCCACAAGGAGUAGAAUCGGUAGCUCAAGUUGUUUCGCAGCCGUUGCCUGCAGUUAGUCCUUUGCCCUCUGCUAGUAGUAUUUCUGUUACAAGUCAGGUUAGUUCAACUGGUCCUUCUGGAAUGCCUUCUGCCCCAACAAACUUGGUUCCACCACAGAAUAUAGCACAAACCCCUGCCACUCAAAAUGGUAAUUUGGUUCAAAGUGUUAGUCAACCUCCCUUGAUAGCCAGUAACAUAAAUCUGCCUUUGGCACAACAGAUACCACUAAGUUCUACUCAGUUCACUGCACAAUCAUUAGCUCAGGCAAUUGGAAGCCAAAUUGAAGAUGCCAGGCGCCCAGCGGAACCCUCCUUAGUUGGCUUACCUCAGACUAUCAGUGGUGACAGUGGGGGAAUGUCAGCAGUUUCAGAUGGGAGUAGCAGCAGCCUAGCAGCCCCUGCUUCUCUUUUCCCGUUGAAGGUGCUACCGCUGACGACACCCCUGGUGGAUGGCGAGGAUGAGAGUGCUUCUCUCCUACCAGAGGUGCAAGGAGUGAUCCUAGAACCACAGAUACAGCCAAGACCACGGAGAGCUUUUGACGUCAGGGGUCCACUUUCUCCACUGAACCCUUGGAGGCAGAAUAUCCAGCUUCUGGAGAGAGUGGGAAAGGAUAAUAAACAAGUGGGUGCUUUCCAUUAUUUACUUGGGUUUAUUUAUAGAUUGGAGUGUCCGUCCAUUGCCCAUUUAAUUCUAUUGGUGUACUCCUUGGGUUCAUGUAAGAACCAAGUGGGGCUGCAAUCUGUUUGUUUUUUCUUGAGAAUGCUAACUAGUGCCCAUUCAGAAAAGAGGCCUAAAAUUUAUUUAAUUUUCUCUCCAGAUAAUUAAAGCAGUGGAUGAUUUGGGGCACUAGAUUUGGUGACUGCCUGUGUUAAGUCCACAGGAAUUUUUAAAAGGAAUAUUUGCCCAUUUUAAUGUUUAAUGGUAUUGGUGGACUUCUAAGUGCUCUUUUAUUACCGGAAGGUAAAAAAGAAGUUUUUGUAUUUCAUCUUUGGGCAAGCUGGACAUCUGAGCUCUCCUAAUUUGCACAAGUCUGAUGUCCAGGUGUUAUCCUACCCUGUUAGAGAGAACUUUUUGGUCUUUUUCCUACCUCAAACUUUAGGACUUCAUAUUAAUUAGAUCUUUUAGAAGAUACAAUGAUAGUACCAUUAUGGUUUUACUGUCAAAUUGAGGCUUCAUUCUUUAAUGAGAUAAAUGUGAAUGAAUAUAAGUUUCAGGAUAUAUUAUCCCUGAAAGCUAUGUUAAAUACAUACUCAUAAGUAGUUUUCCAGUCCCUAGGAAUAAUGUUAUUUGUGGCAAAAGAGCCUUGUCCUAGAUGUUUCCCAUGGCAUUAAGAUGGUUUUCUCUUAGUUUCUUUGAUGCCAAGGGUAGGAUUUGAUUCCAGGAAGUUCUUAUCAUCUACAAUGGGUAGAACAUGACUUUGGUGUCUUUGGCAAGUUUUCAUUUUUCCUUGGUGGAUUCCUUCUGUGACUCCAGGUAUCUUGAUAAUGGGAGACCGGUUUAUUUGUUCUCUAAUUGCCCAGAUUUCUUUCAACUGGUAAACAUCAUACUUCUUCAGCAAAAGGAACUCCUCUAGCAGAGCCUUCAUGGAUGAUAUCUGUCACACAUGCAGCACCUGCAGUUUGGAAGGCAGUGGUGAACGGAGCCACGCAAUAUAUCUAGAAGACACAAGGAUGAGAGAGCCACCUGAUCUUGUCAUUUAUAAACUUUAAGAUUUACUCUCGUGUACUCUUGGUCUGGAAACGGAAAGGCUCAAAUAAUGAAAUAAUUUUUUCAGAUUGGAGUUUUACAUGGCCAUGCAAAUAUUCCUUUCUAUUCAGAAGACUGAAAUAGAGAAAGUAUGAGAGACUCCUUUCUUUUAAAAGCAGCUCUCUGUUUCACUUGAAAGAUUUGUGGGAUUGAAAAUCACCUUAAUGAAGCAGGCAAAUUUUUUGUUUUUAGUAGUAUAGGAGAUCCAGAAAACUUACAAAAUUAUUUUUUGUUGCCUGGCACUGAAAGGAACUAGUAAAUAAAAAGGUGAACUUCUUAACUAUU